GUUUAACCUAAACAGUACCUGGAAUUUUAUACUCUUCUCAAGGUUUAAAAAAUAAUAAUGGAAAAUAAAUUUAAAAUAUUAAUUUUUUUUUAUUUAUCUUAGGAAACUUUAAUCUGUAAAACAGUAAUAAAGGUGUUUUAGUAAUACAAAUACAGAGGGCGUAUAUUUACGUCUUUCGUAUACAUUGAUGAACUUGUAAAGGCGUAUAUAGUAUACGCCAAUAGCAAGGAAAGGAUUAAAGUUUGAUUUGGUUUAAUUUGUGCUUAUUAAUUAUAAUUAACGUUAUUUCUUUAAAUCUUAUUUUUUUAAUUAAACAUUUCUUUAAUAAAUUUAUUUUUUUAAUAUUUACUUUAAAAUAUUGUGCAUUUAUUUAUGGAAUUAAUCAUUCAGUAAAAAAUAAGGCUUUGGAACUAAAAUGGUAGAAGAAACAGUUAAUUCUACGAAUAAACCAAAAGUUAAAACUGCUCGGCCUAGACCAGUGUAUUUAUGGAAUGUAUUAGAUGUCCAGAAAUGGUUACGGAGACAUUGUAGUGACUAUUAUCAGUUAUAUCAUGAAAAAUUUCUUUAUCACGAUAUUACGGGAAGAGUACUUUUGAGGAUAAAUGAAAAUAUUUUACUAAGGCUUGGAAUUGAUAACGAACAACAUAGAAUGGAUAUAUGGAGAGAGAUUAUGAAGCUGCAUCUUAAGACUGACAUGUUAGAAAUAAGAGAUAUAGAGCGUCGUAACAAUGUAAAUUUUGACUGAAAUAGGAGGUGUAUAUAUAUAUAUAUAUAAUAUAUAUAAAAUAACUUAUAGCAUUGUUUGGUUGAGUUUCUAAAUUGGAUUUUUUUCAAAUCUCUCUUAAUUUUAUUGAUUUUAUAUUUUCUGUACAUAUUUAUUGACUAGAAAUAUUUUAGAAAUACUUUAGUAGUGUAUCAUUUAUUUAAUUUAUAUUUACGCUUAUAUUCUAUCCACUUAUUACAAGUACGAGUACAAGUAUAAUCUGAUUCUCAUUAAUAAUUUCAAUAUCACAUAGAAA